CUAACGCAGAGACUCCAACCAGGAAGUGCUAAGGAUAAAGGUUGUUUUUGCAUUUUUUCCAGUCUUCUUGUUUAUGGGACUUUAAAACAAACCAAAAAAAAAAAAGAAAGAUUCUCAUUGGUUUAGCAGACACUGCAGCCCAAGGAUGCCCCUGUUUCAGGCUUCAGGGGAAAGUGGUGGAGCAAAGGCUCAGCCCAAAUGGAAGAGGAGGAGGAAUAGGAAGAAAAAAUAUGGGGAGAAAGAUGAUGAUGACUCUGUGCUUCCACUUACACGUCUGUGUCUGCUGAGCCUGGCUGAUAACAUGAAGGAUGUGUGGGCCAAAGAUUACGCUGACAACUACCUGGAUCAGUACUCCUUCAGACACAUCAUGGGGCCUUUCAACCUACUGCCGGGCGAUCUGGUUGAGGAGCUGACGUCUCUGCUGUGUAGCAGGAAGCAGUUGUCCCGAGCUGCUCUCCACCUCCUCCUAGUCCCUCAGCUCCGUACUCUGUCUCUGGAGAAAUGUCCCGGUCUGGCCACCUCUGCUCUUUGUGGCCACAUCACUGCACGUUGCCAGGGUUUGUGGAGUCUGGACCUCUCUGGAGCUCAGCAGCUGCCUGCAAAAGUCCUGUCAGAAACUCUGGGCUCUCUCCCUGCCCUGCGCUCGCUCUCCCUGGCUGGUACACGCUGUGAUGGAUGUGUAAUCAGAGCAAUUGUCAACCACUGCCAUCUCCUGCGCCAUCUGGACAUAUCCUGCUGUCAUUUUCUCUCCCCUGCUGCACUACUUCCUCUUGGAGGCAGGGCUUAUUUUUCAUCUUCUGCCUCCCUUUCUACAUCUAAAUCUUCAAUUUCCCAUUCUUGCCCUUCACAUUUGUCACCCCCUCCCCUCAGCAGUCUGCUCGCUCUGGAUAUCGGGUUUGGAGAAGAAGAAGGAGACCCUGUAGCAGCUGCAGCCUUCCUCCUCCUCUCACUGCCCUGCUUGGAGAGAGUGGCUUUAGAGGGUCUAGCACAGGCCUUUAGACUGAUUGAGAACAGAGAGUUUGACCAGACUGAUGCGUUCACUGACAGACAGGGAGUGCCAAGACUGAGGGAGGUUUGGAGGCAGAGGCAGGAUAUGGACAGGUGGAGUGAAAAAAGAGAAGGAGAAGAUGAUAAGGAUGACAGGGAAGAGGGGGAGAUAUUAUGGGAGGGGUCUGGCAGUGAGAGUGAGGAGGAUUCAAGCAGAAAUGCAGGACUUUACUGCUUUCAGGGCCAAAGUAAGGUCAAAAGUAGACGUAGAGUUUCGUCUCAGUCAGGUGCUGAUCAUUUGAUCCUGCAGCUGAAGGAUGUGAAGCCUGUAUCACUCGACUCUCUGGGCAGUUUAGGCCUAUUAUGUCCAGACAUCCACUCCAUAUCAGUAGACACUGACGAUAAAGAAGUCAGAAGAAGCAGUAAGGAGUCUGUGUUAGCAGCAGGGCUACAGAUGUGGUCAGGCCAGCUGAGAAGCCUUUCUUUGCACCACCCGGGGCCUUUGCUGGAUCUCCUUCCUGCCUUACAAAUAUCAGGCCCCUCCUUGGUCUCUCUCACCCUGGAGGGGGUAAAAAGCAGCCCUCGAUUUUUUCUGCUAGAAGUCAUCAGGGCCUGUCCCAGACUCAGAGACCUGCUCGUGUUUGCAGAGUGUCCCAACGAACCACUGGAGGAAGAAGAUGGAGAGGAUCUGCCACGACUGCCUCACCUCAGCACUCUAACACUCCAAUUCUCCGAGGAGCCCAAACAAAUUCAACCUCUCAUCAUGUUGGGUUCGCCCUUAAGUAAGGUGCUUACGAACCUCCUGUUGGGUUCUCCUUUACUGGAGAAGCUCUCGUUGGUCUCCCUUCCCUGCCCUCUGAACCUGACUUUACGUAAUGCACUGGAUCAGUUGGACUCCGAGCUGCAACUCCAUACAGGCUCUGUACCUUUAACUCCCAUGCCUUUUGGGCGACUGCAGUACGUCAACCUGCGAUGGACAGAUGUGGAUAUGACAACACUAAGAAGUUUAAUGCAGCGGAGCAGGAGACUUAAGUUUAUAGACGUAAGCCACUGCUGGCAAAUCGGUCACAUCAAUUACCUACAAUAUGGCAUAGACAGUAGAGUUCAGCUCGUCUGGUCAUACUGAAGACAUGCUUCAAUCACAGGAGCAGCAUUGCUUAUUUGAUUUAAUUCACUUACAGUGUCAAUUGCCUCAGUAUCUUUUUGCUUGUAUUAAUAUAUCUCUUACGUAUGUAGAUAUUAUUAUCGAUAACAUACUGCACAUAUAAUGUGAUCUUUUUUACUUUAUAGGCACUGACAGAAUGUAUUAUGCCCUUUUAUGAUAUGCUGUUGACAUGUGAAAACAUGUUCCUAAGUGCUUUAAAUGGGUACAAAAUUUCCCUAACUACUAUUUCAAAUGAGUUUUUUGACUAUCAUGAUUUUCUAGGGCAAAAGGGAAUUGAACACUUGUUUUUGCAGAAUCCUGUAAGUAUAUGUUUUAAAAUCUCACAAAAUUAAAUGGAGUCAU